UAAUUAAUUAAAAAGAAAAAACAAGAGAAAAAUCAAAAUAAUGAAAAAAGGAAGCCUAAUAAAUUUUAAAAAUGGGCCAGCGAUGUUGGAGAAGAGCACCAUCAAAGUCACUGAACUCAAAUGCCUCUUCCCAAACCCAAUACUCCCUUCAACCAAUUUUCGAAAUCUACAACUCCUCUAAACUGGAGAGCCCAAAUCAAGCAAAAUCAGCUUAUCUCCCAAAUUUCCUCCAUUCUCUUACAGAGACACAACUGGGUCACGCUUCUCCGCAACUUCAACCUCUCUUCCAAGCUAACCCCAUCUCUCUUUCACCAAAUCCUCCUCAAAACCCAGAAAAACCCUCAAAGCUCUUUAUCUUUCUUCAACUGGGUCCAAACCAAUCUUGGGUUCCAACCCGACCUUGCUGCCCACUCUCAAAUCAUCCGAAUUUCAAUCCAAUCGGGUCUUUUCCAACCAGCUAAAGGCAUUCUAGAUUCUUUAAUUGAAACCCAGAAAGCAUCCGUGCUCGUGGAUUCAAUUAUUCAGGCUUGUAGAGGUAAAGAUUCUGAAUCUCCUGUAUUGGGUUUUGUUCUUGAGUGUUAUUCCAAUAAGGGUUUGUUUAUUGAAGCCUUAGAGGUAUUUAGAAGAAUCACAAUUCAUGGCUAUGUGCCUUCAGUUCGCUCUUGCAAUGCAUUGCUAGAUUCGUUGCAGCGAGAGAAUGAGAUUAAAUUGGCUUGGUGUGUUUGCGGUGCUUUGAUUCGUAAUGGGGUUUUGCCAGAUUACGUUAGGAUUGCACUAAUUCUUUGUAAAAAUGGAAAAUUGGAGAGAGUUGUUCGAUUAUUAGAUAUGGGUAUUGUUUGUAAUGCAUUGAUUUAUAAGCUUGUUAUUGAUUGUUACUGUGAAAGAGGAAAUUUCUCUGCGGCAUUUCAUUACUUGAAUGAGAUGUGUAAUAGAAAAUUCGACCCUGGUUUUUGUGCUUAUAACUCCAUUCUUGAUGGUGCUUGUAAAUAUGAAAAUGAUGAGGUUAUCCAAAUUGUAAUGGGUUCUAUGGUGGAGAAGGGAUUGCUUCCAAAGCUUCUGUUAUCAGAAUAUGAUUCAAUUAUCCAAAAGAUAUGCAAUUUGGGGAAGACACACGCAGCACAAAUGUUCUUUAAGAGAGCUCGCAAUGAGAAGAUUGAAUUAGACAAUGCUACUUAUGGGUGUAUGUUAAGGGCAUUAGCUAAGGAUAGAAGAGUAAAAGAAGCUAUUGGGGUGUACCUUGUGAUUUUGGAAAGUGGUGUGACAGUGAAGGAUGGUUGUUAUCAUGCAUUUGUAAAUGUUCUUUGUGAGGAAGAUCCAUCACAAGAAGUGAGUAAAUUAAUGGGAGAAAUUAUUGGGAAAGGAUUUAGUCCAUGUGGGUCAAAGCUGUCUAAAUUUAUAACUUCUUUAUGCAAAAAUGGUCAAUGGACAGAAGCUGAUGAUCUUCUGAAUGUAGUUAUAGAGAAAGGGCUCUUGCCCGAUUCCUUUUGCUGUUGUGCUUUGGUGGAGCAUUACUGCAGGAGUAGACAGAUUGAUUCAGCUAUUGCAUUGCAUGAAAAGAUCAAGAAAGUGAAGGGCAGCUUGGAUGUUGCAACUUACAAUGUGCUUCUUAAUGGGCUUUUCAUGGAAAAGAGGAUUGAAGAUGCUGUCUCAGUGUUUGAUUGCAUGAGAAGUCAAAAUUUGUUGAGCAGUACGAGUUUUACAAUUAUGGUAAGUGGGCUCUGUCGGGAAAGGGAACUGAGAAAAGCUAUGAAGUUUCAUGAUGAAAUGCUGAAGAUGGGGCUUAAACCUGACCGAGCAACGUAUAAACGACUGAUAUCUGGAUUUAAGUGAGCGAUUGUUCACUCAUACCCGACUUUUCUGAUCUGAGCAGAAUGAUCUUCUUGCUUUGGAUUAUUUUUGUCAUAAUUGUUUUAUCAUUUUAUUCUUAGAAGCAAUUGAUUAUAAUUAUGUUCAAAUAUUCAAAACAGGGUUCAGAGAGAUGAAGCAAACAACCUCUGUAACCCUAUUUUCAGAGGCUAUGUAGGCACACUCUCUAACCAUGUACAUUUUGCUAUGUCCAUAUUUAUUUUUGCUUGAUGCUAUUACUGGUCUUGUGCUCCUGUUCAGCCAUACUGGUUUUGUGUUAAAUUGUCAAAAAACCAGGAUGAUUCGGUGUGAAUGAUAUCCUGUUCUGUGUAUCUUAA